UGAAUAAUAAGUGAAGGAAAAUUAGAAAUCGUGGCAUUUGAAAUUCACUAUAUAUUUUGUUGAGAAAAACUCUUAGUUUCAGUUUAUUCCAUCACUUGAAUCCACAUAAAUCGUUCACGAUUGUGGUAUUGAAGAGAAUUUCAUUAUUAUUACCAGGAUUUAUCUGAGCUGAAGAGAAAAUGAAUUGGGGAAUUUAUUCGAUUGUUGCUUUUGUUUUACUAACUAGCAGCCUUAGCAAUGCAAUGAGUCCGCUGAAUGCAAUCGUGAAACAAGUGAAAUCAAACAAUAAAAAAUCGAUCAAAUCGAUUAAAUACGUUGAACCGGCUUUGUUUGCUUGUAUUUAUGAUGAAAGCAUGACUGGAUUUGAUGUGGUGAAAAGUAACGAUAAGGCUGAGAUGUUGGAGUUGAGUGAAAAACUAAGCCGUGGAAAAGACUUAUCACUUUUUUUCCUCGGAACCGGUAACACUAUAUCUGCAAACGACGAGAGAUUCACAAGUGCUAAAGAAUGGUUUAUGAAGUCUGGUACAAAUGUAUGUUACAUUGCGUAUGCGUUCGGUGACCAAAGAGCCACACUAUACAACUUAUAUUUUUACUUGAAAAAAAUAGUUAAAACGAACCGUGUCGAAUAUGUAGCCAAAGAAGCAUUUGACUUCAUUUCGAAUAUUCAACAAAAAUGUAUAGAUACCCAAAUGGAUGGAUGCCUGAAGAAUAUGUCACAGAUAGUCAUGGUCGGAUACUCACUCGGUGCUCAUAUUGCUGGAUACACAUGUCGAUACCUAAGCGAAAAAACUGGCGAAAAAGUCAAGAAAGUAAUUGGUCUAGAUCCUGCCGGUAUUUCACAUCUAUUUCCACCCGAAAACUAUCUUAGAAAGGGCGAUGCUCAGUACGUGCAAAUUAUCCAUAGUUCCUUGAUGGGUACAACGCUUAAAUUAGGCGAUGCUGAUAUAUUUAUCAAAAGCGAUAAAUGGCAUCCAUAUAAGAAUCAUAAGUUAGCUGUAAAAGCAAAUAAUCUUGCGUCGGGGAAAAGGGCCAUUUUGAUCGCAUCGAAAAAAGGAAACGGUAGAGUAAUCGAUAUCCAAGAAGGCAAGUCUAUAGACUUCGAUCUGAAAUCUGAUGAAUGUUUGCUUGGUGUUUACAAUGAUGGCGAUAACAAAGAAGAAACAGUGAGAGAUGAUGAAAAUCAAGAAAAAAAUGUUUUUAAAAUAUCAUUGAUGAAUAGAUUAGUGAAGAGUUUGAGUUUUUGAUUUGUUGAAAAUGCCAGGUUUUCAAAACAAUGGUUAUGAAGAAGAUCACAGGGAUGACAAUACAAUUUUAUUCUUUAAAAAAUAAAUGUUAAAUACCAUAGUUUUCAAUUUGAAGAUCAA